UUUACUGAGUCCCUUCUUCAGGUAACGUUAAUCUUUGGGGAGUCGGGGACUGGUCGCACUAAUUUAAAUAUUGUUGUAUCGUAGCCGUGGUUGAACGCUGCGCUAUAUUAAUACGCUUGAGAAUUAUGAUGUAAUUUUCAAUGCCUAACAGGUUAAUUCCGUUUGGACAACUCGCGAUCUGACGGCUUGGUAACGCGAGGAGCCGAAUGUCGUUCAAAUGACGGUUGAACAGCCAGUGAGGAGCAACAUCAUCCGCUGAGAUGUGUUAGCUUGUUGACAGCUAACGUUAGUCAACAAGCUAAUGUAGUUAAUUAGCGUAGCUAAGACCCCUGAUUUAUCGAAAGUGACACCAUGGCAUGAUAAUAUAGUAUUUGUUAGUCAAUAUAUCCCCUGUAGGGGAUGCUUAGUUUUAAACGAAUGCGUUGGGCAACAUAUUAUGUGAGGAGGAUUAUCUGAGGACUUUCGAGUUAGCUUAGUUCGAUAGCUGGAAUCAUUUUAGUACCCAAGUGAUUUGUCAGUGUCACUCCAGCUUGCUCUUUGUUGGGGCUUGGCUUGUGGUUAAACGUGUUCUUGAGGUUGCAUCUAUACGUUACUCCCCUACCGCUAUACUCUUAGUCACUCUUUUUGUUUUUGUUUUUAAAAAUGAAAAACUGUGAGUAUCGACAAAUAGACCUACGAGCGCUCAGAACAUCGACCACCCGGACCUCCACCAACAAAACCUUGCAGCGUGUACGGAGGAAAUGGGAGGUUUUCCCUGGAAAAAACCGCUUCUACUGUGAUGGGCGUAUUAUGUUGGCCAGGCAGUGUGGUGUGCUCCCGCUGACCAUCGUCCUUAUUUUCAUGACCAGUGGCCUUUUCUUCAGAUUUGAUUGCCCCUUUCUGGUGCAUCACCUCACGGUCUUCAUUCCAGUUAUUGGUGGGGUGUUAUUUUUAUUUGUCGUCAUCACCCUCCUUCAAACCAGUUUGACAGACCCAGGGAUUUUACCCAGGGCUUUGCCGGAUGAGGCUGCAGACAUUGAGAAGCAGAUUGAUAAUUCUAGAUCUUCAACAUACCGUCCACCUCCCCGCACUAAGGAGAUCCUAAUAAAUGACCAGGUGGUCAAGCUUAAAUACUGCUUCACAUGCAAGAUGUUUCGUCCGCCUCGGACAUCCCAUUGCAGCCUGUGUGACAACUGUGUUGAGCGGUUCGACCAUCAUUGUCCUUGGGUGGGGAACUGUGUUGGGAAGAGAAACUAUCGUUUUUUUUACGCAUUCAUAGUGUCACUAUCCUUUCUGACCUCCUUUAUCUUUGGCUGUGUGAUUACUCACCUCACAUUAAUCAGGUCUGAAGCAGGUUUGUUCUCUUAUCAGUUACUCUCAUCAACAGGAUCACAAAGAGUGAAUGGUAUCAUCCAGGCAAUAAAGGAGAGCCCGGCCAGUGUUGUCGAGCUAGUCAUUUGUUUUUUCUCCAUCUGGUCCAUUCUGGGUCUGUCAGGUUUCCAUACUUAUCUUGUGGCCUCCAAUCUCACAACCAACGAAGAUAUCAAAGGCUCUUGGUCCAGUAAAAGAGGAGAAGAAUCAGGGAAUCCAUACACCUAUAACAACAUCUUCACAAACUGCUGUGUGGUGCUUUGUGGGCCGAUGCAACCCAGCUUGAUUGACAGAAGAGGCUUUUUACCUCCAGAUGACGCACCUCCUAUUGUGACCUCUGACACUGAGCUCCCUCAUUUCAUGGCUAAGAAGGACACAAAUAUGUGCACACAGGGCACAAAGGAGCUUUUAGAAUCCGUGGCACACUCCGCAGUGAUCCAGAGCACCUGCACUCCGGGUACACCUAAAACCACCGCAGUCACCCAAGAGAGUCUACCAAGUACCUUCUCUAUCACUGUCUCUCCCUCCAGCAAGUCUCCUUCUGCUGGCUGCUCAAUUGAUGUUCCCUGCUCCCAGAGAGGGAACAAACAGGCUGCUCUUCACAACCAUAAAACCAUGUUGCGUGUAUCCAGCCCUCCCUUCUCUCUUGGCCACAGUCCGAUCAUUCUUAGUGAUGCUCCCGACAUGGGCUUUAUCCCACUUAACUGAGCACAGUUCCCCUGCCACCAGCAGCCUGGUGCAAACACUGUCAAACACUUUGAGAACAGCAUCACACCUUUUAAGAAACUGUACUGUGCAUACUACACUCAGGAUCCUCUCAGGAAACACGGCAUCUUUCAACAAAUGGGAAUAAGCCUACAUUGACUUCUUAAAUGACGGAUUUGGAGAUUUUUUAUUUAUUUUUUGUUCCGUUAACAGCAACAUACACCUUGUGGAGAGAACACCUUCAGAUGAUCAGUGUUUAACAGAACCUCAAGUUUGUUUUUUAAGCCUUUUGCCGUCUAUUUAGACCUAAUGCAAUAAUUAUAUUCUUUGAAAGGUCACUUAAGUCUAAAAAAAGCCUUACUUUAGAGUCACUUCUGUUCAUUUUAUGUGGUGUUAAAGACCCUCUACAUUAAAGUCAUUGUUGGUAAAAAAAAAAAAA